GACAGUGUAAACACUGAUGACUCGAGAAAAAGGCUCUCAGUGGGAGAGGAGAAGAGAGGAGUCGGUUAUCUAAUAGCACUUUGCGCUGGCUGCUCCUGCCGCUGCUAACAACGAUACUCUUAUAUUCCCAUUCUGGGCUCAGGAACGUUUAAGGCGACAGGAGGAAGGAGGGAUAACCAGAGAAGGGCUUUGAUUCGUAUGCCUAUCCUAUCGACACAGCUGAGCACCCCUCCUCCUCCCCCCUUUCUCCUUCUCCUCUCCUCUGUGGAUGCCCUCACUUGCAGCAUGGACUCCGGAGGGGAAAGAGAGGAAGGGUGGAUGGAAGACCAGUGGGAGAAAUGGUUGACCCAUGACAUCAGCCUGAAUGAGUUUGAGGAUGAGGACCUGUCUGAGAUCACUGAGAUCACAGAUGAGUGUGGGAUGAGUCUGAACUGCAAUGGCCUGGAGAUUAAGCUCCCGUUGCCUUUCUCUCUCUCUGGACUGACUGACGUGAGUAUCGUCCAAUCCCUGCAGGGCUGUGUGAGGCGGGGGACCAAUAGUGUGGUGGGAAAGGUGGAGCUGGGUGCUGUCGGCCAACUCCAUGCGGAGAUGCUCCAUUUGGAUCUGAUCGACGGGGCCGAUGGUUACCGUGACGACAAGGAGUCAUCUAAGCCAUCUUCCACAGCACCCCUGCCAGUAACCGAGGACCCCCCUCUAAUAACCAUGGAUAUAUACCGGCCCAAGAGACCCACGACCCUUAACCUUUUCCCCAUGGUGCCACGCACUCAGGACACAUUAAACAACAACUCAUUUGGUAAGAAGUACAGCUGGCAGGAGAAGGUCUCGCGCUCAUCCUCCCCCCUCAAAACAGGUGGGCUGACCUCUCCCCAUGAGCACAGCUGUCUGAGCGAUGAGGACAAGUUGCAGCAGGGAGGUGGGACGCAGACCAAGGACCGCGGCACAUCCACUGACGCUCCCUGCAGACACAAACACACCUCUGGACACACCCACAGCUCCGCAGCAGGGACACGCUCCAAACUGCAGGAGAAGCCCACAGCACCCCCGCCUCCCCAAAACUAUACACCCGCACCUCUGGGCCCCCCAGGGAAGGGCGAGGGGGGGACACACAGAGAGAAUAUCCGCUAUCACACAGACGUACGCCUAGAACCCACUGAGGAGAUCUAUCUGACUCCCGUGCACCGUUCCGAGCAGGACCGCCCAUUCCUGUCCCAGCAGCCAGAGCACGGACGCAUGUCAUUCAGCUCUGACACCGAGGGCCCACCCCCUUACCAGCCUCUGCCCGACCGGACCAACCCCUCCAUAUGUGAGGAGGACGAGGUGUAUGUGCCCCCUCCCUCCUACGCCUCCUGUGUGGAGGCUCUCCUCACCCCCCCCUCUACCGCCCCCCCCAGGGAACCCCCAGCCUUAGCCCUGAACCUCAGCCUGAGGGAAGGAGGAGCAGGGGCGGUGGUGAGGGCAGGGGUGGAGUAUGUAGACGCCCAGGACGAGACAUUUGGGGGAGAGGGUGAGGCUGAGGAUGAGAGGGUAAGGGAUGUGGGAGGCAGGCAGUAUUUGGGACGUGGCGGCUGUGGUGCCCCCCCGAGGACUCUGAUGAGCUCGGAAGCGAGUGGUCUGUCUUACGACUCUGUGAAGUACACACUCGUCGUGGACGAGCACGCACAGCUCGAACUGGUGAGUCUGCAGCAGUGUUACCAAUGUUACAGCGACGACAGCGACUCUGCGACCGUCUACGACAAUUGUGUCUUGUCUCCGUACGAGUCGGCCAUCGGGGAGGAGUAUGAGGAGGAAGAGGAAGAAGAAGAUAAAGAGGAUGAGGAGGAGAGAGCGAGAGUGGAAUGGAGGAGAGAAGCAACCGCCUGUCUGUCAGAGGACUCCACCCCAGAGGCGAACCUACACUUCUCUAAGAAGUUCCUCAACAUCUUCAUGAACGGACGGUCACGGUCCUCCAGUGCAGAGUCGUUUUGCUUGUUCUCCUGCAUCAUAAAUGGGGAGGAGAGGGAACAGAGUCACAGAGCCGUCUACAGGUUUGUCCCUCGCCAUGAAGAUGAGCUGGAGUUGGAGGUGGAUGACCCUCUACUAGUGGAGGUACAAGCAGAGGAUUACUGGUACGAAGGCUACAACAUGCGUACAGGCACCCACGGCAUCUUUCCUGCUUACUACGCCAUAGAGGUCGCCAAGGAGCCAGAGAGCUUAAAAGUGAAGAGCAGUGAAUGGGUAGACAGAUACCGCAUGAAAUUCCUGGGCUCGGUCCAAGUGCCCUACCACAAAGGCAACGAUGUUCUGUGUGCAGCUAUGCAGAAGAUUGCCACCAAUAGAAGGAUGACAGUGCAGUAUAACCCACCAUCGUCUUGUAUCCUUGAGAUCAACGUGAAAGGUGUGAAGCUCCUAGUCCAGGAUGACUACUAUGCCUCUGACAGAAGUAACCAGUGCAGCCACUUCUUCCAGUUGAAGAAUGUUUCCUUCUGUGGCUAUCACCCUAAGAACAGCAAGUACUUUGGCUUCAUCACAAAACACCCAGCUGACCAGAGAUUUGCCUGUCAUGUGUUUGUGUCUGAAGAUUCGACUAAACCCCUGGCAGAGUCUGUUGGGAAAGCCUUCCAGUUGUACUAUAAGGAAUUUGUAGAUUAUUCCUGUCCGACAGAGGAUAUUUACCUGGAAUAGCACCCGCCCCGCCUUCCACCACAAACCUGUACGUUACAGUGUAUCAUAACAUACUGUUGCAUGACGGACAAAACAAUUAUAACAAAUAUGAACUAAUACAUCUGACAAAAAGAUGAAGAAGGAGCGAGAGAAAGAAGGAGAGGUACUGGUGUCUACUGUUUGUCCAAAGAUGUUAAACAUUAUGACGAAUGAACAAGUAAUUGAUCCAAACAUAGUGGAGAUGUUGAAGAGGGGGUCGCAAAAUAUGCAAAAUGGAGUCACUAAUGAGGAAGUUAAUGUGCCUAUGGUGUCCUCAGGCUGUCCACUCAAAGCACAAUGCUCAGAUCAUAGUGACCUGGACUGGAGUAGUCUAAAACUAAUCUUUAUGGAUUUAGAGCUUGAAUCCCAGGUAGAACACUGGGCUUUGGACUUGGUGAACCCCAGAAAGACCAGUAGUUGCUAAGGUAACAGCAAAUGGAGGUCAGGAAAAAAUAAAUCAAUAAAUGAAUGAACCUGCCAUAAAGAUCCUAUUAAAUUACUAGUAUUUGAGUAUUCUAAUCCCUAAUUCUAUGGAACCUUUAAUGUUGGUGUGAUACAUUGUGUGAGGGAAAGAGUGAUUCUGCAUGAGCUAAUGGUGCAGUGUGUUUGGAGAGGGUGAUAAAUCCUGUGGCCUAAGGUAACUACAGGUCUAGGAUCAGAUUACCUUACCUCAACCUUUGCAAUUAAGGAGAUGGCAAAUGAUCUGCGCUGUUAUCAGUGGCUCACUCUGUUACUUCUUUUCCAUGUGGUUGCUCCCACUAAAACAAAAACAAGUAAGCAUUAGGGUCACACUGUUGACCAGGAAUAGUGUCUUUAAUACGCAGCAAAGCCUUUGGUAUUAUUUCUGGUACACUCUCAGAACCCUCAAAUAUAUUCACAUUAAGGAAUCAAGAGGAAACUUUUAAAAUGGAGGGUCCUACCAAUAAAAGCAUUCACAUUGUUUUCUGUUCGAAAAUGCUUCCUUUUGUUUGUGCUGAACAUGACCCUAGUUAUUCUUUGAUUUUUGGGAAGACUGAUUCUUGUUAAAUCAUUAAGGGUACACUUAAUACUGAAUUACAGUAUUGUAAUUCCAUUACCAGAAACAAAGAGAUGGACUACAGAGUUUCCAGUCAACCGCUUUGGCUUGACUAAAACUAGCUUAAAAGCAUCUGAUUUGCAGGAAGGGUCAAUGUGGACUGCCUCAUAGUUCUUCUCAUGCUCAGUUUCAACAUGAAAUGAGAGUUCAUAUUGAGAGUUCAGAUGGGGUUGCCAUUCAGAUAACUGGGUAUAAGAUAAGGAUGCUUACUCAAGCUGUUACCCUGGUAACAUAAAAGGGAAUGACCUCUGAUCCUCACAAAAAGGACAUGAAAGGUGAAGUGUGUAGGAAAUGGGUGAUGGGAGAUGUAGUUUUAAAGGAAAGCCUCAGUCUAUUACAGAGGUGCUGGCUGACUAGGAAGUACAAGGCAGGGGGAGACUGGUGUCUUUUACAAGUAGUGCCUCUGAAGGAUCAUUGUGGUUAUUGCUAUGCCAUUUAGAUUUACCACAAGGUGUGUUGAUAGGAGAGGUUGGAAACAGGCUGUUUUUGUGAAGGAGAUAUCAUGAGUGUGUUGAGAUGGUAAGAAUAUAGUAAGUAAGACUAGAUCAAGGUUCAACAUAAUAAGAUAGGACCUCACCUCAAAAUGGCCAACCCCUGGCCAGAGGUUUGUUUUUGGAAACAAUGGCCUGGUCUGAAAUCAGCUAAUCGCUCCUACCCAUCUGGUGCUUGUAGAUUCUCAUGGAACCAGAGAUGUUUGUUAUAUGCGGGAAACCACCCUAAGUUCACUGGAACGCUAGGUGGAGCCAUCCCCAUACUGCUUACACCUUUCCAGUCUUCAGAUUUUCCAUCACAGAAGGGGUAGGGUUUAGGGGAAGGGCAAAUAAUGGUUUUAUGUGGCUUUCAGACACAGUGAUUUCUAACAUGGCUGACACAGAAUUACAUUCUAACAAGAACUUGUAACACAAUGUAUUGUUCUAAGAACUGUAAUUAACUGAACAUUUAAAAAGUUGUGAGAAGGAAUGCUUGUCAAAUGGGUGUCUCUAACUUAUGAAAGCAUGGGAUAUGAAACCACAUUCAUUUUACCACCUGUCAAGCAUAUUCCUAUGAAUAGUGACAUGUAUUUCCAAGUCACAAGUUUACAUUUGAUCUUCAUCAUUCAUAAUUUUCUUCUGAGCCAAGAAACAAAGAGCAAAAUUUAGAUCAGAUCCGCCUUAACGCAUGAUAAAUGACAACUGCAUAGCAUAUAAUUGUUUUUGCUUAUCGUGUUGUGUGUUGUAAUAUACACCUCCAUUAGACUGAUAUAAAUCUGUAUGAUUUUCAAUGAGUGUCAUUAUCUUUACUACACUUUGUCAUUCGGAACUUCUAACACGGGUGGGACGGGUGUGACAAUGACCUCAAGAUCAGCCAUUCACCAUUUGACAGCUCCAACGCAGAACACCUGUGACAUCGCCUAAACAAAAACAAUGAUAUGCUAUGCAGUUUGUCAGUUAUUGCGGGUUAAGGUGGAUCUGAUUGAAUAAUGCCUGAUUUUGAGACAUUCUCCGAGACUACUUCUAUUUUCAGUCCCCAAACAGUCAUUCUGGCCACUAUGAGGAAACCAAGCAAAGGUUAUAAAGAGUGUACAGAUGUGCCAUAUAUAAAUACAUAUAUUGUAAUUACAAAUGUUACACUGUACCAAUUGAUACUGUAGCAAUUUAAAUUCUUAUUUUAUUUAUUUAUUUUUAAGUGUGAAUUGUAUUAUUACAUUUAAAAUGUUCAAUGCAGCA